AGGCCGGCCUGGGGUGAGAUCGGGACGAGGCGGUGCGCCCGUCUCGCCAGCAGUCUGCAGAGGUGGGCCAGGCGCACCGGACAGUUCACGUUCGCAGCAGACGUGAGUCCGUCGGCAGCGUUACCUUACUGCAACCACUUUUCCAAGAUGGGCAUUGACAUUUACGCCAUCAAGCCGAGCCCGCCAUGCCGGGCCGUCUUUCUGGUGGCUAAAGCCAUCGGCCUGGACUAUAACCUCAAGAUCGUAGACAUGGAGAAGGGGGAGAACCGGACGCCCGAGUUCCUGAAGAUGAACCCGGCACACACCGUGCCUGUCAUGACAGACGGCGAGCUGUCAAUAGGUGACAGCAAGGCGAUCAUCACCUACAUGAUGAACCAGUACGCGCCUGCCAACUUGCAGAGCCUGUACCCCCGCGACCCGGCCGCCAGGGCUCUGGUGGACCAGAGACUUUACUUCGACUCCCAGCUGUUUGCCAGCCUUCGCGGCAUCGUGUUUCCUCUGGUGUUCAUGAAGGACCUGAAGCAGUCGCAAGCGAACAUGCCGCGGGUGGACGAGAACAUGGCGCUACUGGAGACGUUCCUGACGCGCUCCACGUACCUGGCCGGCGAGCACUUGACCAUCGCCGACCUGGCCAUGCUGUCCAACGUCUCCAGCGUGGAGACCGGCGGUCUCGACAUGUCCCGCUGGCCGCACGUGCAAGCCUGGCUGGCCAAGCUGAAGGCCGAGCUGCCCUACUACGAGCAGGCCAACGGCGAGGGAGCUCAGAUGAUGGGCGCCAUGUACAAGAAUGCCCUCAAGGAGCUGGGAGGAAAGUAGGGGUGUUGUGAUCGCGAAAAACACUAUUGAAAAGGCGGACAUGCUCUUGGUUUCGCCUGUAAUGUUCUUCAGAAAACAUCGGUUAUCUGUCGCUCACAGGCGUGACUUGGGCCGAUCAACAAUAAGCUGGAUAGACGAUAGUUGACAGUACAAAUAUGCCUUUGCCCAUCCAAAUGCGCCAAAUAUAUAAUAUAUACUACGAACCGAUGCUCGUCUGUACAUUGUAGUGUGGAUUCUCUGUCUUUGUGCCAAUAACUUGUCACAUAAUAAAGAUAAAGCUGCUUUCAAAAUGGUA